GCUUUGACAGGUGCUUGUUUCGUUUGGAAUCGUCUGCGUUUUUAUUAUUGCGAUUGAUUUUGUUGUUGUUAUGAAAGAAAACUAUACGUAUCAAGGAAUGCACGAUGGACGACGCAAUCCCAAACGAUUGUGUGAUGGACUAUCCAGAAGCGGAGUACCUGCUCGAAUACGAUUUCCCUGAUGCUUGCAGUACCCAGUUACUGAUGGAUCCCUUAAACAACAGUACCAGCGAAAUGGAACAUGCAAGUGACGCUGGUGCUGAUGAUUCGGAAGGCGAAAUUUUUGGAUGUGUUCUCUUGGCGUAUAAACGUCAGUUCAAAGGCCAAUCUUCCGGAUCCUAUAUCGCACGAUGGCAAAUUUCGGCUAAUAGCACUGCAAGUUUCAUACACAAGGUUUGGAUUCUUGCUGAGGAGCAUCUGUAUCGUGAGGUAGUUUUCAUUGCAAAAACAGACGGAACAACUUGUCCAGCGUGGGGAGCAGAAGAAAAGCCUAUCGAAGAAAAGUUCGGGAAAUUUGUGCUCUUCCAGUCAGGUCGUAGGCACUACACGUUAGACCAGGUUGUAGAAAGUAGCAGUUUGUUGCAGAGCUGGCGGAAUAAAGAAAUAACACUUCUCCUGCAUGUUUACUCCUUAUCUGUCAGCAACCGUACGAUUUGGAGCUCAGUGAAAGAAAGUUUAGUUGAUCCUUCUGAUCGUGAUCGAUCGGGUGCAGCCACAACACAGGCUGUCAUAGAAUUAGCAGACGAGCUAAGAACCAUGCAUGACAGCUAUCUCGAUGCACAUGGUAUGGCGUGGUCAUUCUGGGCGAAUUCCAUCCAUAACGGCCCAGCUCACUUGCGAGAGACACUUAAGAAUCAUCCCCCACAGCAUCUAGCUCACUUGUUCAGAGCUAAAGAAGGACAACACGUAAAUGCCAUCCUCAGAGAGCUUACGGUAGCUCAUAGCCUAAACAAUAGUUACCAUGAAGAGGUAGUGGCUCUACGUCAAGUAUUCGAUGUGGUGGAAUCCAACAUUGAACAUUUGAGUGCAUCGAUGAAGAUGUUCAAGAUUCGGUUGGAGGCAUUGGAGUUAAGAGACCAAGUGAACGAAUCAAUGAUCAGUGCAAUGGAAACAACGGUUAAGGUUCAGGAGUGCAAGUUAGGGGAAAGACUAAAGGCACAAGUAAGUGACAUGGAAGAUGUGGACCACAUGUGAUUGCAGGGUU